AUGUACUGGGAAGAUUCUUAUGUUAAAACCUCUUUUGUCAUUGCCAGCUUUGGUGUGAAAACCAUCCGUCAGCCUCACUGGUGGCAGGCAGCUGCGCUCUCUGUGUCAACAUGUAAUGCCCCUGGUGAGUGGGUCUGUGGUGGUGUAUCCUUAUUGUCCCUCAGGAAGCCACCAGGAUCACAGUGUGUCGCUGCCUUGGCUUAUGGCACCGUAGCAGUAGCUUCCUCCGUGGGCUAUAAAAAGAUGGCCUACCACAAAGUGCACGUGGACCAGAGAGCCCAAGGGCAUUCUCUGUACAUGGACAACGAUGACCUGCAGGCAACGGCACUGGACCUGGAAUGGGACAUGGAGAAGGAGCUGGAGGAGCCCGGCUUUGACCACUUCCGCUUGGAUGGUGCAGCCCAACAUCCUCCAGGGAACUCGCAGAGCCCCGACCUUGACCUGGAGCCCAUCCAACCUUCCAUGUCUCCCAAAGGAAGAUUCCAGCGUCUUCAGGAGGAUCCAGACUACAUCUCACGUUACAUGAGACAGCCACCAAAGAGCAACCGCCGCAAUUUCUGUCAGAUGUUUAAAGUACUUUGCACUGUUUUGAUYGUAUUUAUUUUGGGGAUUUUGACAGGAUAUUAUGGACACAAGAAGUGUCCGCCUUCCUCAACAUCUCCAGAGUCAAAUAACCCUCAUGUCUUCCAAGAGAUUCUCAAGGAAAUCAAAGCUGAAAAUAUUCAACAGACCUACAGAGAUUUGUUGCAGWUCCCUAGAGAAGACGAUACAGAUGUUGCCAUGAAAAUCCUGACUCAGUGGACUUCUCAUGGCCUUGAAGAUGUUCAGCUGGCAAAUUACUCUGUUUUGCUUGACCUGCCAGGCUCGUUUUCAAAUACCGUAACUCUAGCAAACAGCGGUGAAUGUUUUUAUCCUAGUGGACAACAGUGCAAGAGAGAGACCAAAGAGCUUCACAGCCAAGACCUGCUGUACUCGUAUGCAGCGUACUCUGCCAAAGGGACUCUUGAGGCAGAGCUUGUCGACGUGCAGUAUGGGACUGUUGAAGAUUUGGUCCGGAUCCAAGCCAUUACUGAUGUGACCAAAAAAAUAGCACUUUUGAAGCUGGGACAAUCACCUUUGCUUUAUAAGCUCUCUCUGCUGGAAGACGCAGGGUUCGGCGGGGUUCUCCUGUACGUCGAUCCCUGUGAUUUGCCCAGGACGGCGGCGCUGCCUGACCAGGCCUUCAUGGUUUCCUUGAAUGGCGGCGGGGACCCCUCAACCCCCGGCUACCCCAGCAGCGAUGGAAUCUACAGACAGAACCGAUCGAACCUCACAACGCUGUUAGUGCAACCUGUUUCUGCAGCGCUUGUCAAAAAACUCAUUUCCUUAUCCGAGGACAGCAUCAGGAAAGAUAGGUGUGUCCCCCUGGAACUGCCAGCCACAGACAAAAAAAUAAUCAGUCUGAAUAUUCAGUCAGUCGCCACGUACAAGACAAUUUCUAAUGUUAUUGGAUAUUUAAAAGGAACUGUAUUUCCUGACAGAUACGUCAUCAUUGGUAGUCAUCACAACGGUUUGAAUAGCUAUGGUGGACAAGAGUGGGCCAGUAGCACCGCAGUCAUCACUGCGCUUAUAGAAGCUGUGAUGUUGAAAGCUAAGAGGGGUUGGAGACCUGACCGGACCAUGGUUUUCUGCUCAUGGGGAGGGACAUCGUUUGGGAACAUCGGUUCUUAUGAAUGGGGAGAGGAUCUCCAGAGAGUUCUUCAAAGAAAUGUUGUGGCUUACGUUAGCCUCCAUAAUCCAGUCCAAGGCAACUCCACUUUACAACCUGUYGCAUCACCUUCUCUCCAGCAGCUAGCAGCGGAGAGCCAGAGCUUCAACUGCAUGGAAAAGACAAGAUGUCCAGGAUCUAAUGUGAGUUCUGUGCAGAUACAGGGGGAUUCAGAUUAUUUCAUCAACCAUCUUGGAGUACCAGCCAUGCAGUUUUCUUAUGAGGACGUCAAAACAUCAGAGAAUUCCAGCUUUCUCCAUGAGGCUCUUUUUCCUGUACAUYCAACAAAAGCUGAAGAGUUGGAUCCAUCUUUCAGACUGCAUGAGACCAUUGCUAAGCUGACAGGACAAGUGACUUUGCGAAUUGCCACUGAACCAGUUUUGCCGUUUAAUGCCCUCGACAUCGCAUUAGAAGUUCAGAACAAUCUAAAAGAUGAUCACGUAGAUACUCAGCAGUUGCUUGCAGUGGCAUCACGCCUGAGGGACACUGCAGAACUGUUCCAGUCAGAUGAGAUGCGCCCAGCAAACGACCCCAAGGAGAGAGCUCCUCUCCGAGUCAGGAUGCUCAAUGAUGUGCUACAAAGCUUGGAGAAAAGCUUCGUUGUGCGGCAAGCUCCCCCAGGACUCUACAGGAAUAUUCUUUACAGACUAGAUGAAAGAAGAAGCCAGUUCUCAGUACUGCUAGAGGCRCUGGAGCACUGCAAGCUACGUCAGUCAAAUGAGACCAUUCAAGCAGCCUUGUCAGAGGUGCUGAACAGCAUCAAUUCAGCUCAGGUUUACUUCAAAGCAGGACUUGAUGUGUUUGAGACUGCCUUGGCUGGAAAGAAAUGAGAGGAUUCUGUGCAUUCCAAGGCGUUUGUUUACAACUUGCAAAACAAAAGUUCRACUUGGAGCAGGGUUUCUCUGAGGAUGAAACCUUGCUCAACUUUUCUUUCRGCUGCCACUUGAAGGUACUGCAAUGCGUGUUUUUGUAAGGAUAAAACUGUCUUUUGCACUGUUUGCAGUGUAUCUCAAAUGUCUUGUUUCUGAAUGUAUAAAACAUAAUGAGAGRGAAUAACACUUAAGGUAUGAUUUUUUGUAAGGACAUCUGCUGUAUUUUAAAUGAAAAAAAAAAUUUUUAUUACUAAGAGCUUAGUCUUCCAAAGUACUGAGUAUGUCCUGCAAUAUACUGAAGACCUGCUCCUGAGACAACCCAGAUUUAUGGCCAGAUGAGCUUUCAAUAACUCCUGUUGAUUCAAACUACUCAGAUAAUUUUAAAUCUUUGAAAACAUUUUUUUUCUCCAAUGCUACCCUGCAUUUCCUUGGGUAACCAAUGCUGAUGUUAAUCAGGAAAUGCUCAAAACACUCUGGUCAGCCUAAUCCAACUUUCUGAAAACAAUCUUUACACAUGUGGAAUAGUAAGAAAUACCUCCAUUCUGGGAAUAAAGAUGACCUUUGCUUAUUUAAUUUUUGUACAAAAUA